GGACGCGCGUCCUAUCUUAUUGUUUUGGAAACGCCUUUUGAUUGCUUGCAUGGUCGUUUUUCACCACUGUAAUCCAUUGUACACAGGCGCAAUCAGUCUUGCCUUUUACCGUUUCAAUUGUGGUGUGGUAAUUUUAUAUUUCUGUCAUUCGUACAUGUAGAUCCUGCACCCAGCUCGCGCAGUCAGCACCCCCCUACAUCAAGUAGAGGAGGACGACAUGCACGUCACCCCUCCCUUGCCCUCAUGCGUGCGACCAAAACGAAGAAGAAAGACCCUGUACCCACCACGCGCAUUCAGAACCCCUCUACAUCAAUCAGAGGACGACAUGCACCCUCCAGUGCGCUCAUGCGUCGAACCAAAACAAAGAAGAAAGAUACUGCAUCCAGCACUCUCAUCCAGCAUCCCUCUACAUCAAGCAGUCAGAGCUCGAACUUCCAUGCGCCACGCACUACCAAAGCAAAGAAGAAAGCUGGCAGACCAGGCAGACAUUCUGGCCAAGGCACCGACACAGGGGCCUGGCAUGAAGAUGGCUGGCAGCCCAGCCAUAUUCCAUUCACUGCUACUCCAGGACCCCGGAGUGCUGCCGCCGAAUUGGACAGCGACCAGCCAGCUGACUUCUUGGAGCUCUUCCUCACAGAUGAACUGCUACAGAACAUUGUUGAACAAACCAACCUAUAUGCCAGUCAGUAUUUUGAAGCACACACCGCCACAUUGCCACACAGUCGACACAAAUCAUGGAAACCAGUCACACUGCUAGAAAUAAAAAAGUUCUUUGGGUUGACUUUUCUAACAGGUUAUGUCAAAAAACCUAGCAUUGACUUGUACUGGAGUGUGGAGGAGGUGGUGAAGGCGUGGACUGUGAGGCGCAGGUUGGGAGAGGAUGAGGUGGAGCAGACAGAGGGGGAGGGCGGAGGUGCUGAGGGGGAUGUGGACGUGGAAGGCAGACCUAAUCGAGCACCCUACAACACUGACCCAGACAGCAGAUUACCACACUAA